CACCAUGCUAAAACUUGUGUACAUAUCUUAAGUGCCCUAUUUCACUGCUCGAUUAUAUGCUCUUGGAAGCUCUACUAUGCGGCACUUCUCCUUGACUCAGAUCGCCGUUUCCAGACAGCAGCGCUCCCUCAUCCCCCAAAAGAAGAGCUAUUCUACCUUCCAUCACCAAUUCUCCAUCGUCCCAUUCUUCCGCGCUUCUGUACUCUCCUCCGUACCAACCCGUCUCACGCUUGCCCAUUCCUCGCACCCUCACGACCUUCACCCCUACCGCCCCUUCUCAACAACCCACGCCAUGUCCUCCCCCUCCCCUUCUUCCUCCCAAAACCCCACCCCAAUCCGCAAAGAAAAAGAAAAAGACACCUGGUUCCCAUCCCAAUACCUCACCUUCGCCACCCCUCGCCUCCAGCCCGUACACGACCUUCUCGCCCGCAUCCACCCACAUAUCCGAGUCUCCCCCACCCAUCUCCGCAUCUUCGAUCUCGGCUGCGGCCCGGGGACCUCGACGGCGGCGCUCGUGGAUGCAUUUCCCGGCGCCCGCAUGACGGGCGUCGAUAGCAGCGCAAACAUGCUCGACGAGGCGCGCAGGCGAUUCGCCAGUCUGGGUGUGCAGGGUGUGGACUGGGUGCAUGCGGAUUUGAAUACCUGGACAUUGCCUAUGCCGGAAUCGAAAUCCGAACCACGAAGCCAACAACAGGGAGACGACAGCCAGCAACAGCAAACCCUCCUCUUCUCCAACGCAACCCUCCACUGGCUCCGCUCCCCCUCGCGCCACGCCCUCCUCACCCGCCUCCUCUCCUCCCCCUCCCUGGCCCCAGGCUCCAUCCUCGCUUUCCAAGUACCUGAUAACUACCACGCACCCACGCACAGUUUAAUGCGGGAAACCGCCCUCCUGCCCUCUCAACCAUGGACACCCUUCUUCGACUCCUCGUCCGGCGGCGCGAAAAUCGGCGACUUGAAGAGUGACCAGCGCCCUGACCUUGACCCCAUUGAAAAAUCUGCAACAUAUAUUCGCUGGAUGGAGGAUGCGGGUGCGAAAAAGGGUGAAGUGCAGGUCUGGAGGACGGAGUAUAUGCAUAUUGUGCUUGGCGCGAGGGAUAUUGUCGAGUGGGUGGGCAGUACGGGACUGAGGCCCUAUUUGGAUCGGAUCACGGAGGAAGGGGCGAGGAGGGCGUUUUUGAACGAGUAUGAGAGGAGGGUUGGGGAGGUUUAUGCGGCGGAGGGGUCCGAGUGGAGGGUUGAUGGGGAGAGGUGCGUUUUGGGGUAUCCGAGGUUGUUUGUUGUGGGUGUUAAGGGGUGAUGGGUGUGUGUGGUUGAGGGGCAUGCGUUCAAAUGCAGUUCCAUGACCUUGCUUAUAAAGUUAUGCAAAAUGUUAGUUAUCACAUACGACCAUAGCACACGGAAAAUUGGGCCUCUCGUCCGAUCGACCAUACACAAGCCGUGUAGCGCCCGUUGAGUAGU